AUGGCUCGCCACGGGGAUACUCGCUCACCAUCACCUGUAGGCAGCACAUAUUCUUCAUCCAGACGGAGUCGCAGAGAUGAUGAUCGCUAUGAGAGGAGUAGGCGAGAUGAUGGGCGGAGCUACCGGAGAUCUCGCAGUCCCGAGAAGCGAUACCGCGAACGUGAACGCGAACGUGACCGUGACUCGUAUCGUAGACGUGACCGCUCGCUAGACAGACGCGCCGAUUACCGUGAUGAAGAUACAUAUAGACCAAGUCGACGGGAUCGUUCCCGCGAUCGGCGUCGGUCUAGAGACAGAGAUGACGACCGGGAUUACCGUCGCAGAAGUCGCGAUAGGGAUUAUCGAAGCAGGCGAGAUGACUCCCGCGACAGGGCUCGGAGACGGACAGAUGAUUCUGCUGACUUGAAACACAAGUCUAGACGGGAUGACAGCCGGGAGCGGACCAGAGAAUCCGUUCCCAGAUCUCGAGAGACAUCGAAGCCCUCGACACUGACAGCCGCCACUGCCCCGACAGAAGACGAAAAGCGAGUAGAAAGACUGGCCAAGCUCGAGGCAUGGAAGCAAAAGCAAGCCGCUGAAAAGGAGCGCAAACAACGAGAAGCCGCCGCAGCUGGUGGAGCAAGGAGUAUUUUGGAAGAGAUCGACCGAAAAUCAGGGUUGUCACCGGCUGUUGGGUCUCCUCAGUCUCCUGCGACGCCCGGUGAUGCUACCCCCGCUGCGUAUACUGGAAAAUUUGACCCAAAGGCUAUAGCAAAGAAUGCUGCACCGGCACCCGCUGUGAAAUCUGCAAAAUCUGUGCUGGGUGAUGAUAUUACAGUUCCACCCUCCGCUAAGACAUCUGCUACAUUCCCUCCCACAAAGUCUCAGGCCCAGGCUAACAAACCAUCUGACCCUACAAGCAAAACUUCAUCGUUGAAAGCAAAGGGAAAUGUGGGCGGUUUCGGUCUGGGAACCAAGCUGGCCACAGAUACCGAAAAAGCGUCAGCGACGAGGACUCUGGGUUUUGGAGAAGAAGAAUCUACCCGGCGGAAACUGGAGAGAUUACCGACUCCUCCGUUGGAUGACGCCAAAUAUGCUAAUAAAGCAGCAGAUGUGACUGCAGAAGAGGAAGAAGAAGAUGAUGAUGAUGACGAUGUUGAUAUGCAGGAUGGUGGAACUGAGGAGGAAAAUGCGGCUGCAGCGCGAGCGGCUGCCGAGAGGCGAGAAGAGCGGCUGCAGAAUGAGGCUCGUGCCUCGCAACCUAAUGGCGACUCCCAAAUGAGCGAUGCGUCGAAUGAGCAAAUGCCUGACCAGAUGGAAGUCGACCCCCAGGAAGAGGAAGUUGAUCCCCUGGAUGCCUUCAUGUCUGAAUUAGCAGAGACACCUCCGCCGAAGAAAACAGUUGGCGCCACAUUCGCGAAAACAAAAGCACAACAGCCCGAAGCUAUCUUCGGUGAUGAGAAUGACAUGGACAUGACCGCUGUUGGUGACGGAGAUGCAGACGAUUUCCUCGCUAUCGCCAACAAAGCCAAAAAGAAGAAGGAUAUCCCAACUGUUGAUCACAAGAAGGUGGAAUACGAGCCUUUCCGCAAGAAGUUUUACACCGAGCCUUCAGAUUUGGCCGCAAUGUCCGAGGAAGAAGCUGCGAUUCUGCGGCUGGAGCUUGACGGCAUCAAGGUCCGUGGUGUGGAUGUCCCAAGGCCGGUGUCGAAAUGGUCACAGUGUGGAUUAGGUGUGCAAACUUUGGACGUUAUUGAUAGAUUGGGCUAUACAGCGCCGACCUCGAUUCAAGCCCAAGCAAUUCCAGCGAUCAUGUCCGGCCGUGAUGUGAUCGGUGUAGCGAAGACCGGUUCGGGUAAAACGGUCGCAUUUUUGAUCCCCAUGUUUCGGCAUAUCAAAGAUCAAAGGCCGUUGGAUAACAUGGAGGGCCCCGUUGGCCUCAUAAUGACACCGACUCGUGAACUGGCGACACAGAUUCAUAAGGAUUGUAAACCAUUUUUGAAAGCUUUGAAUCUUCGUGCCGUUUGCGCUUACGGCGGUGCUCCUAUCAAAGAUCAGAUUGCUGAUUUAAAGCGCGGCGCUGAGAUCAUUGUUUGCACGCCUGGGCGAAUGAUCGAUUUGCUAGCAGCGAAUGCUGGCAGAGUCACGAACUUGCGCAGGGUCACAUAUGUUGUGUUGGACGAAGCUGACCGCAUGUUCGAUAUGGGGUUUGAACCCCAAGUCAUGAAGAUCUUGGCCAACGUACGACCUGAUAAGCAGACCGUACUGUUCUCUGCGACCUUCCCGCGCAACAUGGAGGCUUUGGCUCGUAAGACCUUGACGAAACCCGUUGAAAUCGUGGUUGGCGGCAGAAGCGUUGUUGCGCCUGAGAUUACACAGAUCGUGGAAGUCCGAAACGAUGACAAGAAGUUUGUCCGGCUACUUGAGCUUCUAGGCAACCUGUAUUCCAGUGAUGAAAAUGAAGAUGCACGGACGUUGAUCUUCGUUGAACGCCAGGAAGGUGCCGAUACACUGCUUCGUGAGUUGAUGCGGAAGGGUUACCCUUGCAUGUCCAUCCACGGAGGCAAGGAUCAAAUUGACCGUGAUUCCACCAUCGAAGAUUUUAAAGCGGGUAUUUUCCCUGUUUUGAUUGCCACUUCUGUUGCAGCCCGUGGUCUGGAUGUGAAACAACUUAAGCUCGUCGUUAAUUAUGAUGCGCCCAACCACUUAGAAGAUUAUGUCCACCGUGCUGGGCGAACUGGCCGAGCUGGUAAUACCGGUACGGCGGUUACUUUUUUGACUGAAGAUCAGGAACGGUAUUCCGUUGAUAUUGCCAAGGCGCUGAAGCAGAGUGGACAGAGCGUGCCGGAGCCUGUGCAGAAGAUGGUUGACUCCUUUUUAGAAAAGGUGAAAGCAGGUAAAGAGAAAGCCAAUGCGUCUGGGUUCGGUGGAAAAGGUCUGGAGCGUCUUGACCAGGAGCGCGACGCCGCUCGUAUGCGUGAGCGCAAGACGUACAAGACUGGCGAAGAAGCCGAGGAUGAAGAAGAAAAGGAGGAAAAGAACGAGCAGGCCGAAGAACGGUUCAACAAAGCUCUAUCUUCUGUUCAGUCUGCUGCCGCGCAGCCUCUGCCAGGGGUUCCCAAGGGUAUUGACCUCGACGGCAAGAUUACUGUGCACAAAACCGAGAAAGAUCCCAACGGUUCGAAGAACCCAUUGGAUAAGGUGGGCUCGGCAGUUGCUGAUAUUCACGCACGAUUGAGCCGUGCUGGUGUCAUGAGGUCUGGGGUGCCCAUUGAUAAUCGCGGGCCUGAUGCAGGAGCUUUCCAUGCUACGCUUGAAAUCAACGACUUUCCUCAAAAGGCUCGGUGGGCAGUUACCAACCGGACCAACGUGGCCAAGAUCCUCGAAGCUACAGGCACAUCCAUCACCACAAAAGGCAGCUUCUACGCAACUGGAAAGGAGCCGGGCCCAGGAGAAAAUCCCAAGCUGUAUAUUCUUGUUGAGGGUGAAACUGAGUUGUCCGUGACGAAUGCCAUGCGCGAGUUGAUGCGGUUGCUCAAGGAGGGAACUAUCGCUGCUGCCGAUAGUGACGCGAGGGCUCCAGUUGGAGGACGUUAUAAUGUGCUUUAG